ACGAACGAAUGCCGGUGUUUGGUGCAGUAGGGUUUUCAGUUUUCAAAUGUUUCUUUUCGACGCUGCUGCUUCAAUUUAGGGAUUUGUUCUUUUCUUCAACAUCUAACCCUUGCGGCCGUCGGCUGUUCUGCGGGUUACAAGUUGCUGUUGCUGCUGCUCCUUCGUGCCAGCAUUUUGGGCGUGGGUUGGGGUUUGGAUCUCCGGCUUGGAUAGUUUGUUGAUUUAAUUUAGAGCUGAGUUUGGCGGGAGAUGGCGCUAGCGGACGAGGGGAAGAAAGUGGAGGAAGCCAAGGGUGGGGAGUUGCUUUUCUGCGGCACAACGACAUGGGAUACAAUGUGUCGCCGGAAGGCUUUGCCGACGGAAAAUUUGGUGUCUCCGACUAGGCUGCGCCCUCUUAUGGGGGUGGACAUUUGCUUCGUCGCCGCUGGUUGCGUGUCUUGUCAUUGUGUUGCAGUGGACGUCGAAGGAAGAUGCUACACAUGGGGGCGAAACGAGAAGGGACAGCUUGGGCAUGGGGAUAAAGUUCAGCGAGAUCGGCCUACUGUGGUUUCAGAAUUGUCCAAGUAUAAAGUUGUUAGAGCAGGGGCUGGCAGAAGUCAUUCCGUGGUGGUGACGGAAGAGGGCCACUCUUUUGCAUUCGGUUGGAAUAAACACGGACAGUUGGGGUCAGGUUCUGUAAAAAAUGAAAUUGAGCCAUCCCCAGUUCGUUGCCAGGUAUCUGAAGUUACAACUGCUGUUUGUGGUGGUGAUUUUACUGUGUGGUUGACAUCUGCUGAAGGAUCUUCUAUAUUAACUGCUGGUCUUCCUCAGUAUGGUCAGCUUGGACAUGGUACUAACAAUGAGUAUAAUACCAAAGACAGCUCAGUUAAGCUUGCUUACGAAGCUCAGCCUCGCCCAAGGGCUAUAGCUGCUCUUUCGGGAGAGACUAUAGUAAAAGUUGCUUGUGGAACCAAUCAUACAGUGGCAGUGACUAAAAAUGGCCAUGUUUACACUUGGGGCUAUGGUGGCUAUGGAAGGCUUGGACAUAGAGAGCAGAAGGAUGAGUGGGUUCCACGAUGUGUGGAUGUUUUCACUAGGCACAAUAUCCUUCCUCCAGAUUCGGUUGUUUCAGCUGGUGCUGCAAAUUCUUCAUGUACAGCUGGAGGUGGUCAGCUUUAUAUGUGGGGCAAGAUAAAGAAUUCUGGGGAUGAUUGGAUGUACCCUAAACCACUUAUGGAUUUGAGUGGCUGGAAUCUACGCUGCAUGGAUUCAGGCAAUUCACAUCACUUUGUUGGUGCUGAUUCUUCAUGUAUUAGCUGGGGACAUGCACAAUCUGGGGAACUGGGCUACGGACAUAUUGGACCAAAAUCUUCUGUGAAUCCUAAAAAAGUUGACAUAUUGGAGGGGAUGCAUGUUUCAAGUGUUGCCUGUGGAAUGGGCUAUUCAUUGGUGAUUGUUGAUAGAACCAAUGUCGCCGAUCGACUCGACCAGCUCGAAGUCUAUGAUGGCAAAGCUAUCGAUGAAGUAGCUGAAACUCCUGAUACUGCUCCUGCACCUGCCAAAGCCGAGAAGAACUCGAAAAAGGCACCAGCAAAAAGAUCUCCCAAGUCAACCAAGAGGAAGAAAGUCAAAAGCUCUUCAGAGGAUGAGCAAAGCAGCGAGUAUGAUGAAGACAGUGAUGAUAGUGAUGAAAUGAUUAAUGGUGAAACCGAAUACGGAAAAAGCAAGGGAAGAGGGAAAAGUGCCGGAAAAUCUUCUGCAGCUAAAAAGGGCAACGGUCGUGGGAGGGGGCGCCCUCCAUCAACGCCGAAAAGCUUGCCGACCACCCAAGGAAAAGGGUCGGGGAAGAGAGGUCGACCCAAGAAGUCAUGAAUGGUGAUCCAAUCUUCUUUAUGUUUUUAUCAUUUUAAUUUGGUUAUAAGUGUGCCAUAACCCCUACAUUUUUCAUUUGCGAUUCUCCAAUUUUCUGGGAUGUAUUUAUAUCCGACUACCCCUGGGUAAAAUUUCGCCCCAAAUUGAGUCGUCGUCGACAUCCGGCCAUCAUCGGACGGACAGGAAAAGUGCGAGAAAUUCGAAAGGCUUCCCAUGUAAUUUAGGACUGGUUUAAUUCUUUCAACUGCUUCUGAAUGUUUUUCCCUUUUUGCCUAAUUUAGAACGCAUGUUUGUUGUCA